AUGGCGCCGCUACGGACUCUCGUGCUCCUCACGACCCUGGCAAGCCAGGCCUUCGCCCUCGCUGUAAGACGCACAACCUCCGUGGCCUCAGUCCCAGAGUCCGCCUGGGACUCCCUGAACGAGACAAUCUCCGGCCACCUCCGUAAUGGCGAGCCCAUGCUGGCCCCUUGCUACUUACGAUACAACGGCGAAUCGCAAACACCAGACCUCGACCAGUGCGCAAAACUCCAGCAGGACGGCGGCGACUUGUCCUUUGCGACGGGGCAGUUCGGAUACUACGUGCAGUCGCAGUGGGGGGCGUGUCAGGCGACGGGGGACAGUUGUACGUUUGGACUGAUUCGGCCGGAUAUUCUGACGCCGGUCUUGGAUAAGUGUGAGCAGGGGAGUGUGCCGACAAAGUAUGUGGAUGUGCAGAGCGUGGAGGAUGUUCAGCGCACGCUGGUUUUUGCCGGAGAGCAUAACCUGAGGCUUGUUGUGAAGAACACGGGGCAUGAUUAUAUGGGGAGGAGCUCUGCCCCUGAUGCGUUGGCUCUUUGGAUGCACAACCUUCAACCGCCCAUCGAGCUCAACAAAGACUUCAUCGCCGACGGCUGCUCCGAGUCCAGCGGUGACUCGAUUACAUUCGGCGCGGGACAGCAGUUUGGCGGUAUAUAUGACUUUGUUGAGCCCCUCGGGUAUCGCAUUGUCGGCGGCAGCUCGAUCACUGUUGGCGCAGCAGGAGGCUGGAUCACCGGAGGUGGGCAUAGUAUGCUCACCAACGAACUAGGCCUCGGCGUCGACAGCGUUCAGCAACUAAAAGCCGUCCUCCCUAACGGUAAACACGUCACAGCCAACCGGUGCCAGAACCAGGAUAUCUUCUUCGCCCUGCGCGGCGGUGGCGGCGGUACAUUCGGUGUAAUCACCGAAAUGACAACACGCGUGUACCCGAAGAAGGAAACCCAAUUCGUGGAAAUGAUCUUCACGAACCUCCUCCCCGUCCAACAGCGGCGUCUUAUGGAUAUCCUUGUUGGGAACGCGGAGAAGUGGGCGGAGGAAGGCUGGGGAGGGUAUAUCACGAUGCUGAGUGUAGGCACCGGUGUCUUUAUUGCAACGCCGUUGCUCACGCAUGAGGAAGCCGAGCAGUCGAUGAAGCCGCUCGCUGAGUUCGCAACGACCUUCAACCUCGGCAUCGUCAAGGUCCAGAGCACAGAGAACUUCCGCGAGGGCCUCGACCCGUUCGUCCAGAUCCAGAAAUUCGGAAUCUUCCCCGGCUCCGCGUGGGCUCUCUCCAGCCGUAUCGUCAAACGCGAGUCCUUCACCCAGGACAAACAGGAAGAACUCUCGGAUAUCCUCUCCAACUUCCUAAACGUCCAACAGAACCUGCUCGAACCAUCCCUCCAGAUCCUCGUCCUCUGCCUCACAAUGCCAGCCGUCUACUCCAAGAAGAGCAUGCCCGAAUCAGACCUCCCUGGUGGCCCCGGGCACCCCUCGAUAGCGCCGCACUGGCGCGAGGGCAUCUGGCAGGUCCUGCACUUCCGAACAUACGACGGCUCAAUCGAUGACCCGGAUCUCGUGCAGAGGAUUGCGCAGCGCGCGCACGAUGUCAUGGAGCCUCUUCGGGCAUUCACACCGGGUUCAGGCGCGUAUCUUAACGAGGCGGAUCCGUGGGAGCCCGAUCAUAUUAACUCUUUCUGGGGCGAGGAGAAUUAUGCGCGGCUGUUGAAGAUUAAGCGCGAGGUUGAUCCCUCUAAUCUCCUUAUGGUGCAUCAGGGUGUUGGCUGGGAUGAGGGUGAUGGGAGGUUUGCAUGUUAUCCGGAUGUUACUGCGUGA